GAUCCCCAUGUCGAGAUCAAGACCCUCAUCCGUGGUUUCCUGGACGCUAGCAACUACCAGUCGCCUAGAAGCCCCCAUGACGCCGAGCUUCGCAGAAAGCUCGCGGAGGAGCUGACAUCCUGGCCAGCUGACAUCAAGCCUGCCCUCAUCGCCAAAAUCAUGGACGGCAGCUGCGUCUACGCCGAAACCACAUACGGCCACACGACCCACGAGCACCGGUACUUCAUCGCACUCUACACAGCGUGCCUCAUGUAUGUCGACGAUCUCGGUGAACGCGACCUCGAUGCCGUCAUGCGGUUCACCGGUCGCUUCGCGAGAGGUGAAAAGCAGCCGGACAAAAUCCUCCAGCGUCUCGCGCAACUCCUCGGGUCCGCCCACGAUCUAUGGACUCAAUUCGGCGCAGAUGCUAUCAUCUCCGGAACGCUUGAUGCGGUCACAGCCAUGUACAUCGAGUUCACCACGAAAGAUAUGGUGGUGAAGCCGUCGGCGACUCGCUUCCCCUACUAUCUUCGCACGAGGGCUGGACUCGGUCCGCCGUACAUCCAUUUCAUCUUCAUGAAGGAGUGGCGUGCGACACCGGAGUCGUAUCUGCAGGUGCUUCCGGACAUGGAACACUGGACGCUGGGCACCAACGAUAUUCUUUCCUUCUACAAGGAGGAGCUAGCGGGGGAGACCAAUAACUACGUCCAUCUCCGUGCGAGCGCGGAGCGGACAUCAACGGAAGAGGUUUUACGUCGACUGGUUGAAGAAGUUCUGGACAGCGCACGUCGCAUGGACGCCUUGACGUACGAGGAUUCGAAGUUGACUGCCCUAUGGCGGACGUACAUGCAAGGAUACCUAGAGUUUUCACUCAGUGCGAAACGCUACCGGCUUGCCGAGUUGGGUUAUCAGCCUUGAUAUGCGGCGUCGGCUAAGAGAAGUGGCAG